AUGGUCGCUGUUCGAAUGUACAUGAAAGAGGAAGCCCCACAAGAGGGCACUAAGCUAUUGAUGCUUUGCUGUGCGCGUUCUGCUUAUUCAUUCGUUUCGAAUUCUACUGUGGACAAAAGCAGCAUAUUGCAGCGUCUGGUGUUGUGGAUACGACGCCAGGUCCUGCUACUGGGUCCGCAACUUACGUGCUGUUUUCGGAGACAAGCUUUCGGGGAAGGCGAUGAGGCUGAUUAUGGUGGAUUGAUUUUAUACCUCGUUUGUUCUGGCGGUCCAGCUCUUGAUAAUGGGUUUCUAUACGAUUGGUGCCAUUAUGACGAACCGGCGAGAUUUUUGCAAGGGCGUGGUUUCAAAGAAGAAGACAAGGCCUAA